CAAACUCUGUCACCCAUAUCUUGAUCCAUUCGGAUCUAGAUCGGAUGGAUCAAGAUCGAUGGUGGAAGAGCUGGGGGAGGCCAUACCAACUUUGGAUUUUACCUAAUUUCUCUCCAUCCUCACUGCUCAUCUCUUUCAUCAAGCGUUUCCAGCUCUUUUCUCACCCUUGUGGUGAUUUUAUUACCCUAUGUGGUCAAAAUUCAAUCAACCCCACAACAAGUCUCUUCUCUCUACCCAGAACCUCCAAGAGGGUCCUUAUGGAUGCGUUUAUAAAGUGCAAAUCACUUACUUUGGCGAGUAUGGGUGCUCACACAUGGUUUUUCACCCCCCAUUUUCUUGUUCUGGUUCUAUGUCCUGGAUCUCAGAUCCUUGCCGGCUGCCAUGGUUUCUCCUUGGUCUUGUUGGAGGAGAAACUGAUGCUUUGGUACCUCGGCGACAAUGCGUGGCUUAGGGCACAAACUGGAUGGCAACAGAUAGGGUUUCGGUAGUGGGAUGGGCCUUUUAUUGGGCCUAUGUUUUAGCUUUUAUUGUUUUUAGGAUUAAUUUUCUGAUACUGGCUCUUUUGGAGCCCAAGAGAAAAUAAAAGGAA